CCCACGGCAGCUGCUCGGCCCUGCCCCCCGGCUCGCGUCCGGCCUCGGCUGGCGGCUCACUGUCCGCGCAGCCUGGGGACGCCCCGCGCUGCUCUCCCCUCCUCCGCCUCCUCCUCCUCCUCUUCCCGGCCAAGCCGCCCGCCCUCCCCGGGAGCUUCCCUCGCGGCGCCGGACCGGACCCGACCCGGCAGCACAGGUGCCCGCAGAGCAGCGAGGCCGAGCAGCCCGCGCUCGUGGCCGCCCCGGCCGGGCAGUCAACUUUGACCACUUUGAAAUUUUGCGAGCCAUUGGAAAAGGCAGUUUUGGGAAGGUCUGCAUCGUACAGAAGAAUGAUACCAAGAAGAUGUACGCCAUGAAGUACAUGAAUAAACAAAAGUGUGUGGAGCGCAAUGAAGUGAGGAAUGUCUUCAAGGAGCUCCAGAUCAUGCAGGGCCUGGAGCACCCUUUCCUGGUGAAUCUGUGGUAUUCCUUCCAAGAUGAAGAAGACAUGUUCAUGGUGGUGGACCUUCUGCUUGGUGGAGACCUGCGUUAUCACCUGCAGCAAAAUGUUCACUUUGAGGAAGACACAGUAAAGCUCUUCAUCUGUGAGCUGGCCAUGGCCCUUGACUACCUGCAGAGCCAGUACAUCAUCCACAGGGAUAUGAAGCCUGACAAUAUUUUACUUGAUGAACAUGGGCACGUGCACAUCACAGAUUUCAACAUCGCAGCCAUGCUGCCCAAGGAGAUGCGGAUCACCACUGUGGCUGGCACCAAGCCUUACAUGGCACCUGAGAUGUUCAGUUCCAAAAAGGAAACAGGCUAUUCCUUCGCUGUUGACUGGUGGUCCCUGGGAGUGACGGCAUAUGAGCUGCUACGAGGCCGGAGACCAUAUCACAUUCGCUCCAGUACUUCCAGUAAGGAAAUUGUGCACAUGUUUGAGACUGCUAUUGUGACUUACCCUUCUGCCUGGUCACAGGAAAUGGUGUCACUUCUUAAAAAGCUACUUGAACCUAAUCCGGACCAACGAUUUUCUCGCUUGAGUGACAUUCAGAACUUCCCAUAUUUGAAUGAUAUGAACUGGGAUGCAGUUUUUGAGAAGAGGCUCGUUCCAGGUUUUGUUCCUAAUAAGGGCAGGCUGAAUUGUGACCCCACCUUUGAACUUGAGGAAAUGAUUCUGGAAUCCAAACCUCUUCAUAAGAAAAAGAAGCGUUUGGCAAAGAAAGAGAAGGAGAUGAGGAAAUGUGACUCCUCGCAGAUGGGUCUUCUUCAAGAACAUCUUGAGUCUGUCCAGAAGGAAUUUAUAAUUUUCAACCGAGAAAAAGUAAAAAGGGACUUGAAUAAAAGACAGGCAGAUCUAGCCUUGGAACAAACCAAAAGCCCUCAAGAAGAAGACAGCCAGAACAACAACCUGUAAAGCCCUCGGGGGCUUCUUGGGCAUCUCAGGCCAGAAACUUCUGAUUGUCCACUCCAAGAAGAGCUGACAGUAGUUCUUGCCACUCCACACCUCAUGCUUAGAAACGUGAAGGAACAUCCUCCGAAGGAUGCGGCAUGAUCCAGGGACAAGUCCCCAGGCCUGAGGUCCUGGGACCUCGCUUCACUUCUAAUUAACUCUGUGACCUUGAGCAAGUCAUUUAAUCCUCUUUCUGCUUCAGUUCAUCCAUCCAGAAGGAGAGGGGUUAUACCAGCUGAGCUGUACCUUGCCUUUUUACUGCCACAAUUGCUAUUCUACAAGGCCUUUAUAUUUUCAAAGAAAUAUCUGGAUGUAGAUUUAUUUUUCCAUUCCUUCUGAUUACACUGUGAUGAAUGUACAUUGAAUACAGGGAGCUUCCUCAGAGCUAGAAAACUUCCUAAAGAGGUCAGAAUUCCAAAGCCUGCUUAGGUAGGAAUGCAGCGUUUCACUGGGAAGAAAGGCAUUGGGUCAGAUUAGAAGCAGCAUAGAUUUAUAAAACCUCUAGUGCUGUGCUGGGGAACCUGUCCAUCUCCUGUCAGUAGCUUGAGCUUGGUGAUGACGAGAAGAUGCCUAACAUGGAAAUCAGCAAAUGCAGCAAAUCAGGGCAACUUUUUUCCCCCCUUUCAGCAAGCUAGUUGUUAAUAUUAGCACCCUGCUUGCUUUCCUCCAGUGAUCUUUGAGGGCUGGAUGUCCCCUGAAAGUUAGCAGAGAUAGGAUCUGCAGAGGAUUGGAAAAUAUAGUCCCACUGACAGUAUGUUUAUUCCCUAGUGUAGGGAAAUUGCAAGGAUGAGUGUUAUAUUGUAUGGUAGAAGUGAAUUUGCCUCAAAGUAAAACUUACCCUUGGAAAAUCUCUCAGUUAACCAUAACAUGUAGGAAGUAGCUUUUCUCAGUGAAGCCUAGCAUGGGGAGUUGCACUUCCAUAAGGAAAGAAGUCACUGUUUUUGUUUGCUUCUUUAGUUUUUAUUAUAUUUUGGCUAAUACUGCAAAUGAGAAUACUGGGCGAGUUAUCCAUGACUAGAAGUGUAGAAGUACACUUCGAGCAGGGUUGCCCACACAUUUGCGAGGUCAAGUUCAUAGCAGCUAAGGGACAGAGGUAUCGGGUCUCCUUUCUUCAUGCUUAUUGCAAGAAUGGCAGCCAGAACUACCUAUUUGAAAUAUGACCCUCGCUUUUUCUUCACAUGUUAUUUAUUUGCAAAGUGUAACUCACCUCAGUGUGCAUAUAACUUCACUAUGCUGACACAGAGAUCUUUAUGGAAGUACUAUUUUGGGCUCCCCUCUAAUGACACUGGAUAGAAUCAAAAAUGAACAGGCUUUGUGGAGGACUGUAUCAGCCUCUUAACAAAAGAUCACCUAGACCUGUCCUUGCCAAUGCACAGUAUGGGCCUCUAUGAUAGCAGUAAGUUGGCAACAGAGAAGACCAGAACAUUGCCUCUUUGGAAAGCCGGAUGGGUAGAAAUAGACGAGAAAGGAAAGAGAGAUGGCUACCCGCCGCUGGAGCAGAGAUUUUAGAAGGAGGUCACACUGGGGCAACUGAUCAUGGAUGGAAAGCUAGAGUUGAGCCUAAGAUAAGCAUUUAUGAGUUCAUAGGCCCAGAAUUUCUGGCCCACUUGUGAAAUAAAACCUCUCUGCUUUAACAGCAACCAUAUUUUUGUUAAAAAACAAAAACAAAAAAGCACUGUGUGAUUCCUUUUCUCUCUAGUUGCCACGUGUCACUUGCUUAUGCUGUUGUGAUUUUUUUCCCUAACACUUGAAGCUCAAAGCACUUGGUAGGAUUGACUUUUAGAGAGGAGAAUGGGUCUAAGGGCAGCAAUGGAAAGGUGACUGAAUCCAGCUCCAGACUGGUAACUCCACGUGAGGCCAGAGCCAUCUGCGUGGUUGCCCAUUUCCAUCCUGUGGUCUGCAUUUAAACCUUGCUGUGCUGUGGACUCAGGUCUCCUGCUACCUGGUUCUUCCUCCUGCCAGGACCUCAGGUGCAGCCUUAAAGGAGAGUUUUUCAGAAAUGUCUACCAAGGCACAGUGGGACCAGCCCGUUCACCACAGUGAAGAGAGCUAAUGGUGUGUGCUGUUUCAUGUAUGAACAGUUGGGAUAGGAGCCCACACCAUCUCUGCAGUUUGAACCCCUUGUUUUUAUCACAAGUAAGAUGAUUUCUGUGCCUGAAACACGGCUGUUGAUUUUUGGAACCAUGGACUCACUGCUGAGAGAGCCGAGGUUUGGGGAUAAAUGGGCCCCCAGGGUACUCAGAUGAUGGGCCCCAACGCGAUUUGAGUUAACAAAGAAAAAGCACUGGGCUGGGUCUGUAUCUCAUGGGCGGACUGAGUGCCCACAUGCAUCAGGACCUGUGUUUGAUCCCUUACAACACUAAAAACAAAGAUGACCAAAGAAAAGAAAAGAAAAACACUCAUCGGUAGAAUAACUAAUUCAAAGCACCUGUGCAUUUUAAAGAUGCACAAGAAAAACUUUCCAAAACCAAAAAGCCACCUAAAUCUUAUGCUGAUUGUUGUUGAAAUCAGAUCCAUUGGUUUUAUUCCACAAUUUGGGCCAAAAGUUAAUAGCCUGCUGAAUGGAACAUGUCUCAUCUAGAUUCCUGAUAAUGCGCAGAGCUGGGAAUUUUAAAAAACAGGAUGACAAAUGCAAUGAUUUUGUCUGGCGCUCCUGGAAUCUUUUCUCCUGACAGCUCCCACCCUUAUCUGCAUAGAGCAUCUGAAAAGCCUGACCAGGCUUUAAAGGUCAGAGCAUCCUGAUUACAACCCUCUGGUACUGCAGCAAACCUCACCUUUGGUGCACUCGGUGACCUUGAAAAGAUUAGGGGGAGCCAAGCCCCACAGCCCCUGUGGAGUUGCUAACACCACGGAGGAAUACGUGGCGCUAAUGGAUAACACACCCCCCCUGGCAGCACUGGUUGGGCUGAGGUCACUGCUAGGGCAGGAAUGAACUUCAAGCAGCACACAGUACUGCUAAAACAAUUAGAGAUAUCUAAUUAAUUGGUGGUUAGGCUUCAUCUACUAGGAGAAUUUUAACCAGAAAUGACAUUUCCUGUCAUUAUAGCUUUCCUAGAUUGGGGGAUGAAUACAUAACCAGGAAGAAAGAGUAUUAAUGCAGCUAUGAAUGCACCAGUGUUGCUGCUUGUGGCUGAGGAGUGAUGCUAAAGCUUAGGCACUUCAAAAGCUGAAUGAACAGGCACAAGAAGUACUGUUUGUUUCAGUACCCAAACGUCCUUGUAUUCUGUCUACACAAAAUAUGGUCUCCUACUUCUGUCUACCUGUGCUCCUUGUUUAUGAUAAGCUCAGUGUGUCUGGGUGAUAUUAAACAAUGAUGUUAAAAUCCCAAACUUCACUUUUCUAUGCUGUCAUACACUGGCAGCCUCUCUGGCCACCUUUGAAUGAGCAAUGUGCUUCUGUUGGGCUGUCGCAUCUAUAGUGUAAGUGUGCCUGUGUGCAUUAAAUGUCUUGUGCAACAUUCAACCAUC